ACUUAAUGAUUUCCACUCAGACUCCAACCUCUCUCUCUCUCUUUUCUCUUACUCAAACAUUUUCUUGUUUACCAUAUUAAAAAUUUAUCCUUUCGUAAAAGAAAAUUAGCCAUGAGUAAACGAUGCCGUCACCUCUCAAGUCUAUUGUUCAUCUUUUCUCUUGUGAACUUCCCGUUCACGACCAUAUCGGAGACGCCGUGUCCGUACCCUUGUUACCCGCCGCCAAUUGGCGGUGGCUCCACUCAACAGACCGGUUACUCUCAACCGACCGGUUACUACCCUCCUCCAACCGGUUAUUACCCUCCUCCGUCGGGUAAUGUACAGAAUUACCCUUCUCCACCGUACGUUGGAGGCAAUUCCGGCGGUGGUUAUUACGGUCCUCCACCGCCGGACCCUAUCUUGCCAUACUUUCCGUUCUACUACAGAAAGCCUCCUCAUCAGACGGAUCAGUCAUCGUCUUCGUCUGUUUCGGUGAAAACAAAGGUCAAGAUCGUAACGGUGGCAAGUCUUCUUGUGGUGCUUGCGUUUCUUUAUGGGUAACACUUUGUUUACGAGUUAAAAUGUAAUUUUUGUUAGUUGAAACUUUAUCUCAUACUAAUAUGAAAAGUGGUGUUUUUUGUAACAAGUAUAUGAAAAGUGGUGUUGUGCUUUAGAAUAUGCUCUAGUUUGUGUAAAUUAUGGCUAUGCAUUUUCCAAAGAAGAUGAAUUCAU